AUGUCUUACAACGAUGUAUCAUCACGGGCUACGGCUCUACGACAAGUAGUAAAGCUCAUCCAAGACGCAUCAGAAAUACUAAUCGCCGAAUGGGAGAAUCCAGCACCGGACGCUAUACCGGCCUCGGAAACUACCUUCGCAAUACCUGGGCGCGAGGCUUAUGACGCGCAACGAACCGUCAUUGCAGCACUGGGCUCGAUCGAAGAGCUCGUAGCCGAGCCUCAUCUGCGCUUAGUAGACUUUGCAGAGUUGUAUUUCGAGGUUCGCGCACUUCACAUAGCAGUUGAACACAAUGUCGCAAUCCUAUUAGAUAAGGGCGAUGCGGACGGAGUAUCUGUCGAGGACUUAGCUAAGUCAACUGGGCUCGAGAAGAACAAGCUCGGUCGUAUACUGCGAGCCCUGGCUACGCAGCAUAUUUUUCGCGAGGUUGCGCCGGGUAAGUUCGCAAAUAAUAGGAUCUCGCAAGCUUUAGCCAACGACGAAAAGCUGCUAGGGCAAGUCAAAUGCAGUUCCAUGGGAUACGCAGCUUCUUCCGCACUUCCAGAGGCACUUAAGGACCCUAUCCGAGGACCGAGUCAUGAGCCGGAACUCGCAGCCUGGCCAUUAGCCGUAGGCACAGAACUUCCAUUCUUCACGUGGAUGAACGAGAAAGUUCCUCGUUCGCGAGCGGCACUGGAUAAAGCAAGUCCUGGCGCUGCGAGAGGUCCGUAUCAAAAAGUAGAAGCAUUACCUGGUGAAGAGUUGGUCCCGAAGGAUGACGCGCAAACCUACAACUUGUACUUAGCUGGCAACAGUAAGAGCUUAGGUAGUGCAACCUUAUAUGACUUCCCCUGGAAGGAAUUGAGAAACGGUUUAGUUGUUGACGUUGGAGGCGGUGUCGCCCGCCUGUAUCCAGAAUUGCGUUUUGUCGUACAAGACCUUCCGACCGCGGUUGAGCAAGGUUCUUCAAUAUGGAAAAAGGAGUUCCCCGAAGCUCUAGAGUCGGGACGGGUACAGUUUGUGGCGCACGAUUUUUUCAAGCCGAAUCCCAUCAAGGAAGCCGACAUAUACUGGAUGCGCCAUGUUCUACAUGACUGGAAUGACGAGGCUUGCGUCGAGAUUCUUCUGAAUACAGCCAAGUCCAUGAGUCCAGACUCGCGGCUACUUGUUGCCGAUAUUACUUUGACUGAAACAAUAGGAGACCCGUAUAUCAAGCCAGCCCCUAAGCCCCUAUUAGCCAAUUACGGUAUCCAUGUUCAUCACGGGUUCGCCUUCGACAUAGCCAUGAUGUCUUUGAUGAACGGUAAAGAGAGAACGCCUUCGGAAUUCCGAGAGCUGUUCGAGAAGGCAGGACUGAAAAUGGUUAAAGUGUGGGAAUGCCGUAGCAACUUGGGAAUAAUGGAAUGCCGCUUAGCAUAA